UUCGGGGCAACAAGGCACGAAACACAUCGGGACCGAUUCAUGGACCCCAACCCUUUUUUCAGCAGGUGCACUCACACAGUCCAUAUAAGCACACCGGGGAGUUAAAAUGGCAGAAGAGACAGGCCGGUCGCAGAGCGGCGCCGAGGCGACGACCAGCGAUGCCAUCCGAUAUGUCCAAUACAAAGGCGAGGAGGACCUGCCCAUCGUAAUGGGCCUGGUCGACAAGGAGCUCAGCGAGCCCUACAGCAUCUUCACGUAUCGCUACUUUCUGCAGCAAUGGCCACACCUAUGUUACAUUGCAUAUGACGGUGACAAGCCGUUCGGCACGGUCGUGUGCAAAAUGGACAUGCACCGGGACCGGGCGCUGCGCGGCUAUGUCGCAAUGCUCGUGGUUGACAAGGAGUACCGUGGCAAGCGCGUGGGCUCUGAGCUGGUGAAGAUGGGGAUUCGGGAGAUGAUUGCGGGCGGCUGCGAGGAGGUGGUGCUGGAGGCGGAGGUCGUAAACACCGGCGCCCUCAAGCUAUACCAGGGGCUGGGCUUCGUGCGGGAAAAGCGCCUUCACAGGUACUACCUGAACGGUGUGGACGCCUACCGCCUCAAGCUGCUGCUGCCGCUGACCGAAGAGAAGAAGGCGGCGCUGGCGGCGGCCGCGGCGGCGGAGGCGGCGGAGCUGGAGGGGGUGGAGCUGGAGGCGGCGGCGGUGGACGCAGGGGCAGUCGCGGCGGCGGCGGAGCCUGCCAUUGCGUGAGGGGGUUGUGGAGGCAUGCGGUGAUGGGGUGUUUGUGCGGUUUCCAGGCAGAGGCAGAGGUGGCGUGGGCGGCGGGCGCGUGUGGCGGCGUGGUGCUGUCCGGGAGCGGUCAGUCGCGGCAGGGGAUGAAAGCAACGCCCGGUAUCUUCGUUAACAUGGUGUAUAGGGCGUGGAGGUGGGCCCGGGGCGCGGUUGCGGGUGAGCAUACGCGGACAGGCGGGGGUGGAGAUUGAAGGCAGUGAGCAUUCGGAGGUGGUGGGCGGGGGCGCGGGGCUGUCGUGGCCUGGCCUGGCAGUGGAUCACUGAGAAAUCCAUAAUAAAGGCAAAGCAGGUGAUCAUUGUGCUAGUGUACACGGCAGUCUCCACUGCCCCCCUGACUACAGUCACAACUGUUACACCGGGGUUACACGUGUCGGUUGUGCUCGUGUGUCCUUGCUGGGCAUGGAUACGCUCGUUAAUGACGAGUGUGGUGGGAACGAAUGCUCGUAUGUUGACAGGCGCGGGUACCCUCUACACAGCAAGUAAAGCAACUCAUGCACAUGGCCGGACGCCCGGACCUGACGUCGCAAUCCCACCAUAUCGUACGCCAAGCUAAAGUGCUAAACAAGUCGUCAAUGCAUUCACGCACGUGUGCGGCGUUGUGCUAUGUACAGCAAUCUGGGUACGGCCGACCUUCGCCAGCGGACUGUAAAUCUCCAGGCUA